ACUACACCAAGCGUACAUGAAAGGAGUACCACAUGUCCGACAAAAUUGUAUUUCGUGCUGUUACGUCGAGUGAAUGAAAUGGCCGAUGCUAUCUCCGAAGCCGAAGCUGGCGCUGGCGCAAGCAGAAAGCUACAAGAGAUUCAAAACUUGGCCAUCUAUCAAGAGGAAUUGGAGGUCAUUGAGGAGCUGGAUGAUCCUCUUGACGUUUGGUCUCGGUUCAUUAAGUGGUUACAAAAUACAACAACCAUUCAAACCGAUACAAUACAGAGUUAUGUAGAUAAAGGUAUACAAGCAUUUGAAAAGUGUCGACACUAUGCCAAUGAUGCUCGCUACCUACAAAUUUGGCUUGCAAAAAUAGAGUGGAUGGUGUCAAACGAAAAUAAUCUCGAAUCUGCGGUAAAUACGUUUUAUGAACUAGCUGGAAAGAAUAUUGGUUUGGAGCUCGCCCUUUUUUACGAGCAAUAUGCUACCCUACUUGCUCAUUGUGGGCGGUGGAAAGAAGCAGAAGAAGUUUACCAGGUUGGAAUCAGUCGGGAAGCUCGUCCAUUUUCUCGGCUUUGGAGACGAGCUAAUGAAUUUUUUCGUCAAAUGAAAUCACUUCCACCCGGCGAAGAGACUACUGUUUCAGAAUACCAACCUCCGUUUCCUCCCGCAAGAAAGGUAUUUGGCAAUAAAGGGUUUUCCGGUGCAGAGAAACCAGUUCGCCCUGAACGCGCCUUUGCAGUCUUUUCAGAUAAUGAGAAAACUUCAGCGGGGCCUCAUGUCAAUGGCAACAAAUCAUCGUCUCAAGGUUUACCAAUUGAGCGGAUCCUGCAUGAAGGAAUAUCAGGUAAACGCACGGAGUAUUCUUCGUUUGAUUUUCGGCUAUUAUACCAAAACGAAGAAGUAUCCAUGGAAGAACUGCGAGGUCGUUCUUAUGACCACUGUCACAACGAACCAGUUUCCAGUGGAAAGAUCACUGUUACGGAAUCAAGGCCAUUAGACGCUAUGGUGGACAAGCCCGCAGACGUAUAUGAUGCGUUGACUCCUGUGGUACUAUCGCCGAGACCAGAACAAACAAAAGUUGCUUCCCCGACAAUUAAUACAAAAGCCGCGCUGGCAGAUAUAUUAGAUCUGUUCAAUCAGCCUCUAAAAGCAGAUCUGGCCACUUCUUCUAUAGGAGCCGACAAAAAGAACGAAGAGCCAUUAGCACCUGAAACUCUUCGGUCGGAAAAUGGGUUUUCUGAAGAUUAUAAUGGCCCUUCCUCUGAAAAGGAAAUAAAAAUACCACCUGUAUAUGGUGACGAAAAUGACUAUAAUACUAGGAAACGUUCGCUUAGUCCAGUGUACGAACAGGAUCUUAAUGAUAAUCAUAAACGGGAAAAGCAUGAUCAUCUUGAAGAGCCAGAUGCACAACUAUCAUAUCCUCAAACUGAAAAAGUUAAUCUGGCAAAUGGAAGUCCGCUAGUUGCCGAACAAGCGCAGCUCUCAUUAAAGCAAGAACCAAAGCUCCAAGAAGUAGUUCCGCAGCUGCAAGUGGACGACCUUGCCACCAAUUCCCCUGAGACAUCAAUUCACCUUGAUGCAGCUGUGGUAAAUCCACUUGAUCAAGACUUGCGAGAUACCUUAUUUGAGGCUUUGCGACCAGCAUUGACAAAGCUACCAAUAUAUCAUGAGCAUGCAUCGACUUUUGGACAACUUCAGGAAAUAGAAAUGUUCACUCGAAGUGGAAAACGAAGAGCAUCAACGUCCAGUCGUAGUAGAAGGACAAGUGGUUCGGAUUUUGGCGGUCGUGUCUUUACGGUGCAAUACUCUCCAGAGGAACAAUACAACGUUCUUGCAAAACUCGGACAAGGCGCUUUUGCCCCGGUUUACUUGGUGGAAGAGCAAGAAUCUUCUUUAUCUGGUACUGAACCGAGAAGAAAAUACGCCUUAAAAAUUGAAACACCUUCGUCAUUUUUUGAGUUUUAUCUGACGAAUGAGGCUAACGCACGGUUGAAAGGGGACAGAGCAUACAAUUCUGUUAUCCACGUUCAUCAGAUGCACAUGUACGAUGAUGCGAGUCAUUUAUUAAUGGCAUACAGCUCUCAAGGGUCCAUACUCGAUUUGGUUAACAAAACACGAGAGAGGUCACAAGGUGCCGGUAUGGAUGAAAUUCUAGCAAUGUUUUUUACCGUUGAGUUCUUAAGAACGAUAGAGACAUUGCAUUCAAAACAUAUAAUUCAUGGUGACCUCAAGGCAGAUAAUGCCCUCCUACGUCUCGAGCCAGUUGAAGAAACUGCAUGGUCAUCCCAAUACUUCAGAGACGGUUCUAAUGGUUGGGCUUCAAAAGGCAUUGUUCUUAUAGAUUUUGGUCGAGGAAUUGACAUGUCACUUUUCAAUCCCUCAAUACAAUUUUAUGCAGAUUGGGAAACUGAUGCUCAGGACUGUGCAGAGAUGAGAGAAGGGAAGCCGUGGACUUAUCAGGUCGAUUAUCACGGUCUUGCUUCUAUUAUUUUCACAAUGCUUUUCGGUAAAUAUAUCGAAACCCGAGUGGAUAUUAUCGAUGGUGUUAAGCGACACGUUCUUGCUCAGCGUAUGAAGAGAUAUUGGAAACAAGAUAUGUGGAAUCGUUUGUUUGACGUUCUACUAAAUUCGACAUUUCAUGCUGGAGAUACAGGAUUUCCUAUCACACAUGUGAUUGCUAAUAUUCGCCUUGAGUUUGAAGACUACCUAGAAGAACAUGCCUCAUCGGGUGUUGGUUUAAAAGUACUUUUGAAACAAAUCAGUCGGCUUGUAUAAAUACAGGUAACAAUUGCAUUAAUGAAAUACGAAUAAUGGGUUUUGGUAUAGUAACGAUAUUCUGAGGAUUUAGGUACUUUUAUUCGAGGCUUGACAGUGCUAGUUAGAAGAGUAAAUAUAGUUUAUUUAGUACGCCUUGAUAUUGCUUUUUUAUAAUUUUACGUAUGAAUAAAACAUGUUUACAGCUUGGUUAUUUAUUCGUAUAACCAGAUUUACUAUCC